AUGAAGAGGAAAAAUGGACGAAAACCGCCCUUGCCCUAUACAGCGUCGCCGUUGAGGUUGCUGUGCGCCGACAUUCUCCUCGUCCUCAGGAGUCUAUGGUGUCUGCCGGGAAUAAUACUCCCGCUGUCUUCCUCGGAUGAGCUGGACGAGCUAUUUCCUUCGACAGAGAACACGUUCAAUGUCAUUGCACAUGUUGUCCUGGCUCUGUGCCAGGUGGCUUUCUUACUGUCGGUGGUGGGUGGUUUCUUGUGUAUGGUGCCGGCAUUGUGGAUCUCAAUCUAUGUGGUGGUCUUUGUAUGGAUCAAUCGAGCCAUCUGCGCGCUUGUCUUCAACAAUACAGACGAGGUUCUCGAGUCACGAGUCCCUAUCGAGGAGCGGCCGGAACAUGAACGUGAAUGUUGGGUGUUUAUCAAUGGCGUCGCGGUCGGACGACAUUGGCUGCAAAAUAACAUAGACCGGCUUGCCUAUACUUUUGGCCGGAAAAUCAUCGGCGUGCAUAAUCCGACAGACGGCAUCGUAUUCGAUGUAAUCGAGUGCUUGAUUCAAAGGAACUUUACAUUCGCAACGCCGGAUACAAGGGAUGGUUAUGCCAUCACGAAAGCGACACUGUUGAAUCCGAAGUAUGAGAAGGUGGUCCUGAUCCUGCACAGCCAAGGUGGAAUCGAGGGCAGUCUGAUCAUCGACUGGCUCCUGGACGAGCUGCCAGAAAAUGUCCUGCGCAAACUCGAAGUAUAUACGUUUGGGAACGCUGCCAACCACUUCAACAACCCGUACAAAUCGUUUCUGGGCUACGGAGAGCCCCCCGCUACAGACUCCACGAUAUCUGAGCAGGAUGCCUCGGUGCAAGCGGAGAGAAGUGUUCUCCAUAUUGAGCAUUAUGUCAAUGCUUUCGAUUUUGUAUGUGUUUGGGGGGUGUUGCAAUUUGCCAGAGUCCCAAACCGCUAUAUGGGCCGGAUCUUUGUCCGGUCGGGUUCUGGCCACCAGCUAAACCAGCACUAUCUAGACACCAUGUUCACGCUAGGACCAGACAGGAGAGUCCUCGACACCAAUGAAUUUAUGGAAAUGGGGGCGAGAACGGUCGAGUAUGAGAAAAUCCUGCCGAAACACGUCAGACACGAGAGAAAUGAGGUGCUUGUCACCAAUAAGCGCCCGUCGGAUGGCUACAGGACCACCCCUGCUAGUCAACGAGGACAAGGAGAUCAAUACGAGCGACGGCCGUUGAAGGUCAAAGAUCUCAGCCGGUUAUGGCAGUAUCGCAAUGGUGGUUCGCCUGUGGAUGGAUGA